UCGAUAUUGGUAUCUGUCAAACAGCUGAUGAGUUUUGGCGUCCAAUCCAACCAUUUUACUUUUCUUAUUUUUUAAUUAUUUAUCUAGUGUUUGUUAACAUAAUGGCUGAAAUGAUCAAUUUAGAUGCUGUUACUGAAGGUCUUAGGACAAUCGCAAGUCUAAGGAAUGGUGUCAGUGAUUUGUUUAAAUGUUUAACAGAAGGUGUUGGCGGACCGGUAAUCGAUCCAUACUCUGGUCAACCAAAAACAAGUGACAAUGAACCAACAGAAGAAGCUGAGAAACAAUUUCUAGCUGAUGUUCAAGGAAUUGUUGAAGGCAUCACAAAUAAAAUACUCGUAUUAGAAAAAUCAUGUGAUCUUCUGUCACAUCCAACUGCUCAAGUAAGUGUUCAGUUGAGCCUUUUGGCACAAGACCCAGCUCUUGAAAGGAAUGGUGUUUAUAAAUCCGUAGUUUCCUGUUACCGUUGGUGUGAUCGAAUGCACGAUUAUGUGACUCAAGCCUCGCAUAUUCUGAACCAAAAUAUUUGUCGAAGAAGUACAAUUGCCCUAGACCCUCUUCAACGAAUACUUAUACCUGGUGGGAUCGGACGAAGAUCAUCAUUUGCUACGAUAAAUACACCUUCUAGUCAAAUUGAUGCCUUUUUCAACAAUUUAUCUCGAAUUCACCCAAAUGUUACCCUCGAAAUCAGUAGGCCUUUUGGUGCACCGACAGUUGUAUUUAUAACAUUAGAUCGUAUUCUUAAAGGUUGUUUACUUUUACAUGGUCUCCUGAUUGAAUGGGUCAUAGUUAAAGGAAUAAAUGAAGAAUUCAAAACGGCUGAUGGUACAGUUGAUAUUUGGUCAGAUUCUAGAUAUGAAGUUUUUAGGAAAAUUAGUGAUCAUUGUAACUCAGCCACAUUGAAUUUUGCUACACCCGUUCAUGUUGAUCUUGCUGUUCGAUCUUGGCUGAAUUGGUUCGUGAAUUAUAAUACCCUUUUUACCAAGCCAUGUCGAAAAUGUAAUCAUCGAUUAUUGGAUGCAUCCCCACCAACCUGGCGAGAUUUCCGUACUGCGGACUGUUAUCAUGAAAAAUGUCGUCCUUGAGUUAAGAAGCUCGCCAAAGAAAAACCAUUCCAUCGAUUAAAAUAUACAAUACAAUUGUAACUACCAUCAUAUUUAUAAUACUGAACAGCAAUCAUAACCCGGAUGAAUUAUUCAAGAAAUCAAAUCAGACUUUUAAAUAAUGUUUGCAAAUCAUUUGUUUAAUUGUCUCAUGUGCUUUUUCUACUAUUUUUCGGACUAAUAAACAUAAAUCCCAAAUCUGUA